CACGAAGCUCAUCCAAAUUCAUCACCAUCACUCGUUGUUGUUGGUUUUUUAUGAUGCGUAUUUAUCCGGGGCUUUAAAAUUUUCUUCAUUCAUGAAAACUUAAGCUUGCCUUUGUUCUCCCCCCAUUUGCACGUAAUUCAUCACCGCCACCGCGUUACAUGUCGUUCACCAACAAGAGCCAAAGGUCAUGGUCGAUGACUGGAUGCUACAUUCCGUGAGCAGAAAGAAAACCGCAGAGAGCACAUUUAUCAAGUAAAAGGCAAAACAUCUAGAAGAUAAAUACUACCUAGACACAAACCAUGGAGGAAGUCACAAAGCAGCAUUUCUUCUUCCAUGACAAGCCGGAACACGCAGGUGAGAGAGAAUCUUGCCACUUUUGCCAGCUCCGUGCCUUUCCCACGCACAAGGACAUUCCCGUCUCCAUCGUCAACAGCCUGGACGGGGCCGUCAUCCCGCCCAACUUCCGCUUCAUAGACCGCAUGGUGCUAGGCGAUGGCGUCGAAGCAGCUGAGGAUAGUUUCCGCAGCGGAUGCUCGUGCGAGCGGGAUGGCGAUUGUCAGUUCAUGGGCUGCCACUGUCUCGCCGAUCUGGAAGACAUGGAGAACAGCAGCGCCGAUGAGGACGGGUACCAGGACGAUAACUACGGGGCAAACGGGCACAGCAAGGGGAAGAGAAAGGCGUAUGCCUACCACUCGCAUGGCGCCAAGAAGGGACUGCUGAGGUCUAAGAUGCUGAAUUCCAAGGAGCCGUUGUAUGAGUGCCAUGCAGGCUGCUCAUGUUCCAAGGACUGUCCCAACCGAGUGGUUGAACGCGGCCGGACGAUUCCACUGCAAAUCUUUCGCACCCCGGAUAGGGGAUGGGGAGUCCAUGCCCAAGUCGCCAUAAAAAAGGGCCAGUUCGUCGACCGCUACCUCGGCGAAAUCAUCACGUCGGCCGAAGCCGACCGUCGCCGCGCCGCCUCCGCCAUCUCCCAGCGCAAGGACGUCUACCUCUUUGCCCUCGACAAAUUCACCAACCCAGAGUCGCUGGACCCGCGCCUCAAGGGCCCGCCGCUAGAGGUGGACGGCGAGUUCCUCUCCGGGCCGACGCGCUUCAUCAACCAUUCGUGCGAGCCCAACCUGCGCAUCUUUGCGCGCGUGGGCGACCAUGCGGACAAGCACAUUCACGACCUUGCGCUGUUUGCCAUCCGGGAGAUUGCUGCUGGGGAGGAGCUGACGUUUGAUUAUGUGGACGGUGUGACGGAGGAUGGGGCCGAGAUGGAGAGGGGGAAUGGAGCGCACAUGGCUAAGUGUUUAUCAUCUUCUACCAUGGAUUCGUCACCGCAAAGCAGUUCUCACUUCUCCAGCUCCCCUCCUAGUCCCGUGGCUCUUACACUCCGGCGCCAUCGACGAGAUGAGGAGCGGCGUCUACAAGAGCAGUUUUCCCUGGGUAGACCUUUGCCGAGCGAGAGGCUAUGCGGCAAUGGGGAUUGCUCGCUGCGCUGCUGCUGUAUAUACAAGACCAGUGGCAUCUAUCUCCCCUUGUAUAUUCUUGACGAUAGGGAUGAGAGUGAAGACGGCGUCCUCGUUAAAGAUAUCUUGACCGAGUUUGCCUAUCUCGUGACGACUGAGGUGUGGCCAUCUAUCGAGAAGCAGAGCGAUGUGUUGCUCAAGGCGAGAUCGAUAGAAGCCUUUGCGACUUCGCCGCCAGUCAGGACAGCAUAUCUCAGCUUUCGAACAGCAUGUCAGAAGAACGAUUUCGACUUCACAGCAGAGUCACGUCUCCGGGAAGCCCUCUCCAGCACCCUGCCUCGAUUCCGCGAUCUCGUCACCGCCUUGGAUGCAGCAGAGCAGGACAGUCAGCGCACCGAGAUGCUGAUUCAUCGUCACUUGCAGCCCCCUCAGCAGCCCGACCAAACGCCAUCAGGGAAACGUGCGCAAUGGACGCAGGAGAGCUGCAUCAUGCGAUUCCUGCUCACGAUUGAGCUCUGGCGUCGCCAUGGCGAGCGGCGCAUGCGGCAGCGCAACUGGGCGUGGGAAGAGCCGUGGAUGGUGGCAGAGCUGCUUUCGGCGGUGCUGCUGCACUACUGGCUCAUGGAUCGAGAAAAGUGCUUUACGAGGGAGCCGACGAGGAGCAGCGAGCAGUGCGACGAGGCGUGGCAGGACUGGCUGGACAAGUAUCCGCUGCUGGAAGACUCGAGACGCGACGAGAGGAGGAGAGUGAAGAGCCCGGAUCUGGUGCCGAAGCCGCUGGGGAUCAUCAAGGGAUUAGAUCUGGACAAGGACAUUGGAUAUGUUGGCGGCGUGGGGACAGCGGCGAGGGGCCCGUUGUGGAGAGACUCAAGGCAGAGACAUUACGAUGGAGAAGACGAUGGUGACGGUUUGCCACAGCAUUGAAUGCCGAAUAGUAGUAGUAGUAGUAUUUCCUCCUUCCUGUUCCUGGACAGUACAGAUACAUACUUGUAAUAGUAGUGUGUAAGGCCCGAAUCUGGGUAGCUUGGAUCUUGCAGGGGAAAUCUACGUGACAGCGGGUCUGUGAGAUUAGAUUCUUGUUCCUUUCUUCUUCUUCUCGUCGUCCCUGGCAUUCUAGCUGCGUUCGGCUAUCAAGGGGGGACUUUUGGGCUGCCGAAGCCUGGUUGUUUGCGGCUAACAUGCCCGGAGAAGAGGCCAUUAUUACGGCAUGGAAUGUCGGGAAGCGGACAAAUCCGGAGAGGCGGUAAUUGACGGCAUUCAGAAGGGCCAGUUUUAGUUUCGUGGGUACGAUUCAG